GUACAAACGAUUUCAGCAGUAUACUUGUAGAGUGCGUUCUGUCUUACCCAUAUGCGCGCAUUUUUUAUAGUAUACGUGACAUAAGCUACAGGUAAAUGUGCGCAUAUGCGUGAAACGGAACGUACUCGUAGUACACCUAGCCUUGAGUGUACGAAGAUCACGUGAUGCGGUUGUGAUUGUCCAGUGAUCUUUAUUCCGAUUUUCAUCAAAUUUGAUAUACGGCCCAUAAAAUUAUCAUCCCUUAUAAGAGUACGUUAAUAAUAUUCGAGCUCGUUUCUCCUGUUGCGAGAUGGUACAUGAUCCUACAGAUGAAAGAUACAGAAAACCACGUCGAGCUGGCAACACAAGCUUGCAAAAAUAUUCGCACAGUAUAGCACUUGGUAUAGUGUCUUUAUUUGCUGUAACAAUGUACUUAGGCUGGAAGAAGGAGUAGUUUGAAUAAACGUUUAAAUGACGAAACAUACCAACAGGAUAUUAAUCUAGAAGGAUAUGAAGGUGUAAAAGAUUAUGGUUAUAUUUUCUUACAAGAUGUUUAUGAUAAGCUAGCAAAAACUUGGAAGAAAAAAUCUACGUCAGAAACCAAACAAGAAAAAUAAAAAUUGAUAGAUAAAGUGAGAUAAGUAAGCUGAGUAGAGUAGUAUAUUUAGAGAUUUAUAAGAAUGACCGAUACUGGAGAAGAUAAAUUGUAUAAGCCUGAAAAUCCAGAACGAAGAUUAAGAUUGAAAAAGAAUUAUAAAGGAAGUAUAAAUAAUGAGAUUCAUCUGUGUGAUGAUUCCAAUAUUAAAUGUGAAGAAAGCAGCAAUUUAAGAACUUGUUCACCUCAAACUUCAUGUGAAGAUGACAGCAUAUUGGAUUUUAAAUCACCAAAAAGACUCAUAUUACCGAGAAAUAUUAACAGCAAUAAGUUACUAGAUAAGCCUAAGAAGAAAGUAAUUCAAAAUAAAAUUAAAAUCAUAAACAGUAAGAAAAAAUCUGAUAGUAAUAAACCACUGCAGAAUAAAAAGAAUCUACAAGAUACACAACAACCAUCAAUCGAGUCAUCCUUUUUUAAGACUGAAAAUAAGGAUUUAUUACAAAGUUCUGCAAAUGCUAAAACAGCUUAUGUAUGUCCAUUAUGCUUUAAAAAUCUUAAGGAUGAAAAUUCACAAGCUGUACAUAUGAAAAAUUGCGCGAUAAAAAAUAAUAUUUCCACAAAGAAGCUGUUGGAUGCUGUGGAGCUGCAAGAGCGUCAAGCUGCAGAAAGAAAAUCAUUAGGUUUACUUUCUGCUCCUAUAUUACAGGAUAAAAAGAAACCUGUACCACGUAAAGUUACACUUCAAGACGAUCCUGAUCUUCAGCUUGCAUUAGCACUUUCUAAAUCUUUGUAUGAGAAAGAAGAAAUAGAAAUAUUUGAUAAAGCUGAAAUCAUAGCUAUAUCGUCCAGUUCACCAUUACCAGAUAGUAACAAAGAACACUUUCAGAAGACAACAUUACAAAGCUUUGGGUUUACCAAUGAUAGAAGUACAUCACCAACAAACAUCUCCAACAAACCUAACAACAAAGCGAAGAGAAAAAAACCCAUUGAACCAACUAUUUUACAAAGACGUACAGCUAUAGAGAGAGAACGUAUUUUGACAGAAAGAAUAGCUGAAAUACUUAUGAGCUAUAAAGAUUUUACCCAAAAAGUCCAAGAAGAAGAUAAACAAUCUGUAGACAUUAAAGAAAAAAUCAUCAUAAAGAGUGAAAUACUUCAGCAAUUACAUAAAACUGAGAACACAUUGUGGGAUAGAACACGAUUAAUGCCGAAUCACAAUGUAUUUUAUGUAACCCAAUUGUCGCCUUAUAUAACACCAUUAUCAAAGGAAGAGUAUAAGUUAAAUGUGGAAAAGCAAAAUAUUAUAGAAGAUCAAAGCGACAAAGAAUCUAUAACCAAAUACCUGCUGGAAAUAAAGGAAGUGCAGAGUGUAGAUGUCAUAACUGACGACGAAGAAUUAACAAUGUUCUCGAACGUAGCAAAAACAUGUUGCGAGGAGAGGAGAUUUCUCGACAAACUAGCAGUAGAUUGGAAAAAUAUACUAAAUGAUAGUUCUGCCAGCGACAUAAUUGUGCUCGUAAAAAACAGUAGACAUAUUUGGGCGCAUAAAUUGGUUUUCUAUGUACGCUGCACAAACAUUUUACUUGAUGUAAUGUCCAAUGAUACAGAAUUCUCUACUGCAAAAGAAAAGAUUUGUUGGAUUGACAUAGACUAUGAUGUUGCCUUGGCCUUUCUAGAGUUUGUCUAUUGCGGAACAAUAAAGAGGCAUUUGAAAGUACUCGAUUCUGACACGUCGCUACUUGGCAUUAGAUCAUUAGCAAGGAAGUAUAAAAUAAAUGACUUGUUUGUUUAUCUACGUCAGAAAAAAUGUAUAUCUAAUUUAACAGAACAGAACAGAACUGGACAUAAGAAAAAUACAGAGAAUGUAAUAAAAAAUGUAGAAGAGAUUUUGACUGUUUCGGAACCGGGCAAACUUACUUGCAAUAUAUCACCGAAUUAUGUUCGUGAUGAUUUAAAAGAGGCGCAGUGUAUCAAGAGAACUUUAUUACAAGAAGAUACCAAUAAUAUCUCUCAAUUCCUUGGGAAUGAUUGUACACUUGUAAAAAGUUCCUGCAUUCUGGAAGAUCAAGAUGCAGUUUCAACAAAAUCAUUGGAGCAAAUAAAUUCCAGCAGCAACACGCCCACAAAUCGAAGCACUACUGUAUCUCCCGAUAUAUUUGAUGACACACCUGAGAUAAAGAAACACAACGAUAAAUCCGCAACACAUUCUAGAGGCCAUGAGGAUUCAGAUAUUCGUAUGUUGUUGAGUUUAAUUAAACAAGAUGCGGAUAUUAGUAUUUGCAGCCAAAAGUUAUCAACCAGAAAAACUGACGAUGCAAAAUAUCCAGAGUCAGACGGAGAUAUUUCCAUCUGUUUAGGACAAACAAACGAAAAACAAAAUAUAAUGGAGAUUGAUUCAGAUUCCGAUUUGAAUUUUCCCAAGCCAUCCGUUAAUUCAUUGAUGGACACUCCCCAAAGCAGUAAGUCAAAUAUUAGCCAAGGGCACUCAUCAGAUGUAGUGAGACAGAAAAGCAAUCUUACAUUAUUUAUUGAAAAAAUACAAAGAGAAAACGCGAAAUCGGAUUCCGAUUUAGACUUUGAUCUAGACAUUACUAGCAAAAUACCUCGAUUAAGGCAUUCGAAUCUAUUCCGUAUACACAAAUCGAUUGACACUGAUAAUGAAGAUCCUGAGUCUGAUAAUUUAAAACAAACAAAUAAGACGAAGAAAAAACUCGGUAAAUUAAGUAUAAUAGAACAGCGUAUGCGAUCGUUUGCUAGUAAAAAUCCAGAAUUUUAUUCCAUCUCCUCUGGUGAAGAUGUAUCAAAUGUUAAACAAAAUAACGCUUUAUCUGCCGAAGAAACGACAGAAUCUUCUCAUGAUGAUCCUAAGAAUUACUCACGAAAUUUCAUCUCAACUAAAGAAAAUGUUAACAUCUUGAACCAAGUCACAAUUACGCCAUUGCCAACAGUACAUUCACCAGAUACUAAAACGAAUCAGCCAUUUAACAAAAACAUUUGUGAUUUAGAAGAAGACGAAGAAGAUAUUUCUAUGUAUUCUAAAUAUAUGAGAAAUCAUCACGACAAUAGCAUAGCAAAGUAUCGUCCAGGAAUCGAGAGAAAUAUAUCAGAUGGUAAUUUGUCUGAUGCAAGCACAGUAUGUGACAUAUCCAUUGAAGACAGUGACAUCAAUGAAAAUGAUACAAUUUUGACUCGAUCGUUUUUAACGCAAAAAGAUGCAUGUAUAAAUGCUUCGUCGGAUACAGAAAUUGAAAAUAUAUCUUCUAGUGUUAACUGUCCAAUCAUUCCACACAUACAUAACGACAACUUCAAUCAUGAAGAUAAUGUACAACUGUCUGAAAUAACAACAAAAAAUAAUAAGCAAGAUAUAAUAGACAGAAAAACAAAUCAAUCUUUCGUUCUUCAAAAGAACGAGAGAUUGAUAGCACUAGAUUUAGAAAAGCAAGAAGACAUCACAAUUAACUCAGAUCAAACUGAAUUCAAUAUUAAUGAUAAAAAUAUGACAUCAGAUAAUGAAGAUAUCGAACUUGACGUAAUUUUCACGCAAACAGAAUCUGGUUUAAAUAAAUCAAAUAAAGAUAAAAUUGACAGCCAUAAGGAAGAAUCCAUUUCAAGCCCCAUUACAGUAUCUUCUAGUCCAGAUUUACAAUAUACGGAGGGUUUUUCGGAUAAAGAAAUUCCUGAUGAACACGUAUCAGAGGUGAAUAAUCAUGAAUUGGAAAAAUCUACUGGAUCUUCUAAUUUUGUUGAUGAAAUUAAUUUUGAAGCUGAUAUUCAUCUUGCAAACGUUGAUGUCGAUAAAUAUGAGAAACAUAUUUUGGAAGAGAGCAAAUCAGUUAGCGUAUUAAACGCAACAAAAUUUAGGAAAAGUAAUUCACGCAGAUCUAGCAAUGAAAGCAACAGUAAGAAUAUAAUAGAUAAUUAUAAAAUUAAUAGUGGCAUAAUCCGUCGUAAGAGCUCAGUUUAUAAUGCUAUUUCUUUGACUCAAAAUUCCACAAGUAUUAGAAAAUUAAAAAGGAAAUCCUUAUCUGAGGGACAAAUAAAUAUUAACAGGCUACAGUUAGCAAAUCAAGAAGAUACUUCGAAACAUGCAUCUGUGCAAUUUCAGCAUAAUUAUAAGAAUAUUGAGAAUAUCAAAGCUGUAGCUAAAAUAAUUGAUAAAGAUGUUACACCACCACCUGAUUACGAUGCUAUGAGGACACCUGAAAUACAUAAAGAAAUGAAAAAAUAUGGAUUGAAAGUGCAGAAACGUAACAGGGCUGUAAAAUUAUUAAAAUAUAUAUAUAACGAAUUACAUCCUUUAAUACCUAUACAUGAAGCGAGUGCAGAACAAGAAAUAUCAAGCGAUGAAGAAAGUCCACCGGCGAAAAAACCAAAUACGAAUGAUAGCAGUGAAGGAAUACUAAAUAACGCAGAAGAGAGUUAUGAUGAAUUAACUUGUUCUCAAGAUAGUAAUGAGAGUGCGAACUCCGUUAAAAAUACAAUCAGUAAAGAAAUGGAAUUUUAUGAAACUGAAUCGUUACCGACACUGGAGAAUUCGUCAGACAUCAAAGAAGCCUUUACAAAAUUGAUCAAUAUUGAUAAAGAUUUAUAUAAUAAGAUAUUGCGAUAUGAGCCUAUAAAUAUUGAGCAAUUGCACGCGACAUUGCGAUUACAUGGAUUUAAAUGUAAACUUUCUAAUUUUAUGAAUUUCUUGGAUGAACAAUGUAUUACGUUCUACAUGCCGGAACAAAGUGUGAAAAACAGAGCACAUAGAAAAGCAUAAUUUUGUACAAAUGAAAUAUUUGCAAGGGAAUUCAUUUUGUAUUGUGAAUCUUUUGGAAUAUCUUUGCUUUGUAUUGAAUAAAACAUAUUUCCUCUAAAUAAAUUUUAUUACUAUU